AUGAGUUUUGGCUAUGUCCCCUUCUCCUGUCCUUAUGCAAGCCAAAAUCCAAACCCGCCAGUGGUAGCACAGUGCAACUUGGCUGUUCUGUUGUCUUUGAAAAAUGCAUCUGGGCUAGAUAUCCAAAAUGGUAUCGAAGUGACCAAUUUGUCUGAAGAGUCUAGCUCUCCCCCUGUCAAGGAAUCCAAAACUCUCCCAGUUGCAGAGCCCAGUCCUCAGCCUGACAAGGAGCCCAUCACUAUCCCACCUGGGGGACCUAGCUUUCUGCAUGCUGUGAAACACAGCCCUCAGCCUGUAAACCAAUCCAGUGCUGCCCCAGCAGGGGAGUUUGGCCCUAAACCAGUUGUGGAAUCCAGCCCCAAGCCUGCCACAGAACCCAGCACUGUCCCAGUUGGGGGACCUAAUUCUCUGCCUGCUGAGAAAGCCAGCCCCAAGCCUGCCACAGAACCCAGCACUAUCUCAGCCGGGGAACCUAACUCUCUGCCUGCUGAGAAAGCCAGCACUAUCUCAGCCGGGGACCCUAAUUCUCUGCCUGCUGAGAAAUCCACCCCCAAGCCUGCCACAGAACCCAGCACUGUCCCAGUUGGGGGACCUAAUUCUCUGCCUGCUGAGAAAUCCAGCCCAAAGCCUGCCACAGAACCCAGCACUGUCCCAGUUGGGGAACCUAAUUCUCUGCCUGCUGAGAAAUCCAGCCCCAAGCCUGCCACAGAACCCAGCACUGUCCCAGUUGGGGGACCUAACUCUCUGCCUGCUGAGAAAUCCAGCCCCAAGCCUGCCACAGAACCUAGCACUGUCCCAGUUGGGGGACCUAACUCUCUGCCUGCUGAGAAAUCCAGCCCCAAGCCUGCCACAGAACCCAGCACUGUCCCAGUUGGGGAACCUAUCUCUCUGCCUGCUGAGAAAUCCAACCCCAAGCCUGCCACAGAACCCAGCACUAUCUCAGCCGGGGAACCUAACUCUCUGCCUGCUGAGAAAUCCAACCCCAAGCCUGCCACAGAACCCAGCACUAUCUCAGCCGGGGAACCUAACUCUCUGCCUGUUGAGAAAUCGAACCCCAAGCCUGCCACAGAACCCAGCACUGUCCCAGUUGGGGGACCUAAUUCUCUGCCUGCUGAGAAAGCCAGCCCCAAGCCUGCCACAGAACCCAGCACUAUCUCAGCCGGGGAACCUAACUCUCUGCCUGUUGAGAAAUCGAACCCCAAGCCUGCCACAGAACCCAGCACUGUCCCAGUUGGGGGACCUAAUUCUCUGCCUGCUGAGAAAGCCAGCCCCAAGCCUGCCACAGAACCCAGCACUAUCUCAGCCGGGGAACCUAACUCUCUGCCUGCUGAGAAAGCCAGCACUAUCUCAGCCGGAGAACCUAACUCUCUGCCUGUUGAGAAAUCGAACCCCAAUCCUGCCACAGAACCCAGCACUGUCCCAGUUGGGGGACCUAAUUCUCUGCCUGCUGAGAAAUCCAGCCCCAAGCCUGCCACAGAACCCAGCACUGUCCCGGUUGGGGGACCUAACUCUCUGCCUGCUGAGAAAUCCAGCCCCAAGCCUGCCACAGAACCCAGCACUGUCCCAGUUGGGGAACCUAACUCUCUGCCUGCAGAGAAAUCCACCCCCAAGCCUGCCACAGAACCCAGCACUAUCUCAGCCGGGGAACCUAACUCUCUGCCUGUUGAGAAAUCCAACCCCAAGCCUGCCACAGAACCCAGCACUGUCCCAGUUGGGGGACCUAAUUCUCUGCCUGCUGAGAAAUCCAGCCCAAAGCCUGCCACAGAACCCAGCACUGUCCCAGUUGGGGAACCUAAUUCUCUGCCUGCUGAGAAAUCCAGCCCCAAGACUGCCACAGAACCCAGCACUGUCCCAGUUGGGGGACCUAACUCUCUGCCUGCUGAGAAAUCCAGCCCCAAGCCUGCCACAGAACCCAGCACUGUCCCAGUUGGGGGACCUAACUCUCUGCCUGCUGAGAAAUCCAGCCCCAAGCCUGCCACAGAACCCAGCACUGUCCCAGUUGGGGGACCUAACUAUCUGCCUGUUGAGAAAUCCAGCCCCAAGCCUGCCACAGAACCCAGCACUAUCUCAGCCGGGGAACCUAACUCUCUGCCUGCUGAGAAAGCCAGCACUAUCUCAGCCGGGGAACCUAACUCUCUGCCUGUUGAGAAAUCGAACCCCAAGCCUGCCACAGAACCCAGCACUGUCCCAGUUGGGGGACCUAAUUCUCUGCCUGCUGAGAAAUCCAGCCCCAAGCCUGCCACAGAACCCAGCACUGUCCCAGUUGGGGAACCUAACUCUCUGCCUGCUGAGAAAUCCAGCCCCAAGCCUGCCACAGAACCCAGCACUGUCCCAGUUGGGCAACCUAACUCUCUGCCUGCUGAGAAAGCCAGCCCCAAGCCUGCCACAGAACCCAGCACUGUCCCAGUUGGGCAACCUAACUCUCUGCCUGCUGAGAAAGCCAGCCCCAAGCCUGCCACAGAACCCAGCACUGUCCCAGUUGGGGAACCCAACUCUCUGCCUGCUGAGAAAUCCAGCCCCAAGCCUACUGAGAAAUCCAAUGCUGUCCCAGUGACUGCGUUUAAUCCUCUGCCUGCUGAGUCUAGCCCCAACCCAUUUACAGAAUCCAGCACUCUCAAAUCAAUCUUGGGGGGCAAACUGACUGGAUCCAGCCCCCAUCCAGUUGUGGAGUCCAGUGCUCUCCCCACCCAGGAGUCUAUUCCUGACCUUGGCAAGGAGUCCCUCCCUCCAUGUGUCAUUUCCUGCCUGCUUGAACCAAGAUGUGCUAAGAAACUGAAGUCUCUUAGUGGAUUUUCUCAUCUCUAAAUGUGGUGUUUUAACAUCUGUUUUAAGUCAAUAAAACCAGUUAUCUUCCUGGUAAAA